AUGGUCUACCACGCGUCUUUUGCUCUCACAACAAUCGUACUCGCUUUUCUUAGUACGGUGAUUGCUGUUACCCACGACGACUCCGGUGCCCAGCGACCUCUCCACUAUUCAACCUUAUCUCGCCCUCAGUUUCAACGGCACGAUACGGUCUCGCAUCUAGCUUCGUUGUCGAAGGUCAAAGACGUGGUGAUAACCCCCGACUUGUCAGACUGGAUCAGAGAAUGGAUGAAGAAUGGGACAGUCCCUGGGUUGGCUUUGGGCGUCGUACAUCUGGACGGGGAGACAGAAUUUGGAGGGUUUGGGAACAGGACGGAGGACGGCGAUCCUACCCUCUUCGACCUCGCAUCUUGCUCGAAAGCCUUCCUUACAACAUCUCUCGGCAUCCUCAUCAACGAUUACGCCACUGCAACAAACUCUACUCCUCUGCCUUCCUAUGUGGAGACUGCGACAGGUGGAGUGUUUGAUUGGGAUAGCAAGGUGAAGGAUCUGUUACCUGAAGGAGAAUGGGGCUUGGAAGACCAGUGGGCGAGUGAGAAGGCAAACUUGAGGGAUCUGUUGGGGCAUAUGACUGGGAUGCCUAGACAUGACUUUGCCUACGCGCCAGGUGAUUCGGGCAAGGAUAUCGUGGCGAAACUCAAGCAGCAAAGACCAGCAUACGAGUUACGGCAGAAAUAUCACUACAAUAACCAGAUGUACAUGGUCGGCGCUCAUAUCUUAGCCACACUCACCGGCAACCCGUAUACCUCCUUCGUCCAAUCCCGCAUCUUCGACCCGCUCAACAUGUCCUCCUCUACUUAUUCUCCCGCCGCCGCUAGUGCUAGUAUCGACCAGGCCGGGAAAUCGGAGCUGUCGGAGACAUGGACAACGUUCGGCAGGAGGAUCCCGUUUUGGUUCAGGGAGGAAGAUGUGCAGUUGAACGCCGGGUAUGCGGGUGUGAUUUCGAGUGUGCAGGAUUUGGUACGUCUCGCCUUCGGUGGUCGCACCAAAUAUGUUCGAACAUUGUUGAAUUUCGGCGUCUCGCCGGUCGACAACCGGACCAUUAUUCCUCGCUCUGUCUUCGACGAGAUCACCACGGCGCACGCUAUUACGAAUGGCAGUCCAAAAUCGAGUGAUAUGUCUAUCGGAGGAUAUGGUUUAGGUUGGGAGAGAGCAAGUUAUCUGGGCAAAGAUUACCUGGCCCACUCCGGAGCCAUCCCUGGCUUUUCCCUCCGUAUCCUAUUCCUACCCAACGACGGUCUAGGCUUCAUCAUUCUCGUCAACGCAGGGGACAAGUUCGCGGAGAAUACGGUGCUAGAGAGGAAGCUUAUGCGUGCUGCAUUCGAUCUUUCUGACCCUGCUGGUCCAACCGAUCCCGAGAAGCCUAAGAAGAACGAGACCGAGACGACUCCCCUGCCAUUACCUCUUUCGGCGUAUGCAGGAACGUACAAUAAUUCAGGCUACGGUGGCUCACUCACCCUCUGUGAUCUUUCACCCUCUGCGCUCAACGCACACGCGCCUGAAUAUUGCGCGAGAGUCAUAGCGGACUAUGCCUCCGUCGACGCCUUCUUACCGCGAGCUUCCUCCGACGUGUCGACAGACCGAGCACCCCAACUCCUAGCGUCCUGGCCUCGCAUCUGGAGUUCCCACCUCCGUCUCACCCACGAAACAGGCAACAAAUUCUGGCUUGCUCCCUCCUCGCUCUUCGUAGAAGGUUAUGGACGGAAUGCGACACCUUUUGACACUUGGGACUGGGAAGGCGAUGGUCCGGGGGAGGCUGUGAUGGAGUUCGACGUUACUUUGGGAGAUGGUGUCCGUGGUACGGAAGAGGAGACAGGAAACGUUUUGGGCAUGGGACUAAGAUCCACCUUGGAUAAUGAAGGAGUGAGUAAUCGGGAGAAGAAGUGGGCUGGUAAAGAAGAAUUCACUGUGUGGGAUGUCGCGGAUGCGUGGUGGGAUCGGGUGACUUGA